AUGCCGAAGCAGCGGGCAAUGAAGGUCGGCGGACAGGCCAGUGCCCUCAUCACCUCCGAGACACUUCAGCGCAUCGACGGUCCGUGGAGUACUGCACCGGACGAAACAUGUGUCUAUGGCCUCGAGCAGGAGCUUGCAUCCCGUGAACUGUCUGAGAAGACCUGCCAAGUCAGCAUUCUGCUCCGCAGAUUUCUCGUGGAGCAUCGACAUGCCGUGCCGGGCACGCUGCUUGGGCCGCCAGUGCAGCGGGAAAUGCUGCGCGCGCCUGAAUCGGAACCCUGCGCUGACCGGAGUUCGUUUCAGAAGGAAGGAAUGCCAAGAGUUCUUGCACAAACGGGUGACCUGGCCAAGCCGCAGAAU